AUGAUGCAGGUAAACCUCAAGAAGCUUGCACUCGACGUUCAUGCCACCAACAGUGGUACCUUCCACAACGCCGGCGACGGCCAUCUUUUUGCCUUGGUCAUCUGGAACUUUUGUCCCAACGGCGAUGUUCCUUCAGCCAUUCAUAAAGUUGUCCGCGAAACAGUUGCUGAGCGACAAAAUAUUCGCAUGGAAGAUCCAGGAAGCAUCAUCCAAAUGGGGUUUUCCACAGGGUCUUGCAGUGCACCCCAGUUCGACUGGGUACGCAAUAUCACCAACUGCAAACUUCUGAAGGGUGUCGUAGAUGAAAUGGAUUACCGAUCCAGUUCAAUCUUCGCACUCUUUUGGAAUCUCUGCUGUGAUCUCUUACCUAGAGAGAUUAUGGAUGACUUCAACAAUUUUUUCGAUCAAUUUAACAUGGUGCAGAUGUCCUCUGAGAAGGGUGCUGCGAAAUCGUUUAUUGCCAAGAACACCACACGGGGUGAUUACAUGGUUCAAGUUGGUGAUACUGAGUUUGUAUUCAGCAAUGCUGAAAUGGCACCCCCUGCUGGUGUCUGUGCUCAGAAUUAUGCUCGAUCAAUGCAUUUUGAACACCAACCUCACAAGUUCGCCAUAGCUUGGACAGUACACAGAGAUCACCCUCCUGAUGCCAGAGGUCAUUUCUACAUAGGAUCAUACAAGAUGCGCAUUCAGGCUGCCCCCAAUACUCUUGUCGUUUGGAUCCCAUCUGACGUGCAUGGAACUAGCCUCCAAGACCUGAACCCUAGAAAUCUUAACCCUGAAUUCCUUCAAACAGGCAUCGCGAUCGUUACCCCAAACCAACUACCCUCCGUCUGGAACGUGUUUUGCGACAGCGAAAUGAAAUACGAAGAGAUGCUUAGCAAUGUAAUCAGAGAUUUGGGUGAUGGGCAUGGGGAUGAAGGCCUGGAAUCGUAA